UGCUGCUUCACUCCUUCACUAAGCUGCUGCCAAAGCCACCAUUAGCCAUUCCACUAUGCCACCCCCGUCUCAAACCACAGAAAUGCGACUACCCCUACGCAUCAAGCCCAGACUCGGUCCAAAACCUACUUCUCGCAAACCAACAAUCAAGUCGAAACCCAAACAGCUCGCCAUGUGCUCAACAGUCCACUUCACCUACCGCUGCGGUUGCACCCACACUACUACCUUCGAGUGUCCGGAUACCGCAUCCUCCUUCUCCAGCCUUGCAACUAGCUCGCACUCCCGUCGAAAUCGUCCCCGUCGACGCCGUCGUUGCUACGGUCCCAAGAGUACACCUACCAUUACGCCGCUGGACGAAGACUGCUACGACUGCGCGCAGAAGCGGGAGCAGGCGGGGAGACGAACUGCUUCUUUAGGGGAUAGUGAUAUUUCUUCUUUCUCCCUAUCGACGGACGCAGACGCGGAUACGGAGACGGAAUUCGAUACAGAUAUAUCAAUGGCAAUGUCGACAUCGACAUCGACAUCGACAUCCAUAUCGUCAACCCCGUCAACACGCGCCUCGUCGCCCCUCGACACCACUAUUCUCAAGGAACGCGAUCCCAAUCUACCCUCCAAAUGCCCGCUCAUCUCAAUUCUAGACAUGGACUUAGACCUGCGUGUGUAUUUGAUGGAUCUGGAACUGCCCGAGUUACUGGAUGGCUUUUAA